AUGUCUACCGCCAAUGACAACGACAGAGGUCGACCCUAUCAUACCCAAUGUACAGGUCCUGCCCUCGCCACAGUGUCGCAGCACAAGGGUGAAGCAGAUAUAACGCUUUUCGGCGGCUGCUUUUGUCCCUUUGUCCAGCGUGUCUGGGUUGCUUUCGAAUACAUGGGCAUUCCAUACAAGGUCUACGAAGUGGAUCCCUAUAAGAAACCCCAAGACCUAUUGGAAGUAUCUCCGAAAGGGCUGGUACCCGCGCUCCGAUUUAACAGAUACAACCCGCCAAGAGCCUUGAAUGAAAGUACCGUUAUCAUGGAGUUUUUGGAGGAUCUCGCAUCAUCAACAACCAAACGGACUCUGCUGCCCCCUCUAUCCAAUCCCUACGCACGGGCGCUGGUGCGACUUCAGGCUGACCACAUAAGUCGUACUAUUGUACCCGCCUUUUACAGAUAUCUUCAAGCGCAAGAGUCUGAGGAACAAAUCGCCAAAGAGAAGGAUUUCCAUGCUGCUAUUGACGGAGCUGGUGAACGGGUCGCAUUGAAAAAGGGUUUAGGACUUUGGAUUGAAUCGGAGGGAGGACAGGAUUUGGGGUGGUCCGAUGUCAUGGUUGCACCAUGGAUCUUAAGAGCGAAGAUAGUGUUGAGACACUACCGUGGGUUCGACCUUGCGAAGGGGGAAAGAUUCAACGCUUGGGUAAACAGGCUGUUGGAACAUCCUGCGUUCAAGGCAACUUGCAGUGCUGAACAACUUUAUUUGGACAGCUACGAAAGGUAUGCGUUCAAUAGACCAAACACAAGCCAGGUCGCCGACGCAAUUAAUCAAGGAAAAGCACUGCCGUAA